AAAAAUAUUAUUAGUUGUAAAUCUCUCCCUCUUGGUCCCAAGAUAUAUGCAAACAGUAGCUUCUCUCCACCUCCUCUGACAAACUUCGACGUCCCUUCCCUUCCCUUCAAUUUAAUAAUAAAUCUUCUUCUUCACUGACUCACCAUCGUUCGCAUCUCUCGGAGUUUCAUCGCUCUUGGCUGAUGAUAAACUAGAUUCGCGCUUUUGUUUCAAAGCCGAGACUCGCGUUUUUUUUCUUCUCGGCUUCUCAUAUCUGAGAUUUGGUUUCCAUGGAAUCGAGGGGAUGCUUCCGUGUAUUUGAUGAUGAUGUCAGCAUUGUGACUAUUGAACAACUGUAUUGAUAUUGAUGUGACUAUCGCACGAUGGCAAAGAUGAUGAUGAUAAACAAGACGCUUUUGCUAACGUACAGCUACUUACUCAUCUACAUUCUCCUCUCUUCUGGUGUCAUUCUCUACAACAAGUGGGUUCUAUCUCCCAAAUACUUCAACUUCCCACUUCCUAUAACAUUGACUAUGAUCCACAUGGGCUUUUCUGGCUUUGUCGCCUUCCUUCUUAUUCGUGUUUUCAAGGUUGUCUCUCCUGUUAAAAUGACAUUCGAAAUAUACGUAACCUGUGUGGUACCUAUAAGCGCAUUCUUUGCGUCCAGCCUUUGGUUUGGCAAUACUGCGUAUUUGCACAUUUCAGUUGCCUUCAUUCAGAUGCUCAAAGCACUAAUGCCGGUGGCAACGUUUAUCAUGGCCGUUGUUUGUGGAACUGACAAAGCAAGGUGUGACGUGUUCAUGAACAUGCUGCUGGUCAGUGUUGGAGUUGUGGUUUCCUCCUAUGGGGAAAUUAAUUUCAACGUUAUCGGGACGGUCUACCAGGUCACCGGCAUCUUUGCUGAAGCACUUAGACUGGUGCUAACUCAGGUUCUUCUUCAGAAAAAGGGCCUGACAUUAAACCCUGUCACCAGCUUAUACUAUAUAGCCCCUUGCAGCUUUGUUUUCCUGUCCUUGCCUUGGUAUGUACUGGAGAAACCCAACAUCGAAGUGUCGCAGAUACAAUUCAACUUCUGGAUCUUUUUCUCAAACGCUCUAUGUGCACUUGCCUUGAACUUCUCCAUAUUCUUAGUGAUCGGAAGAACAGGAGCAGUAACCAUCAGGGUUGCUGGCGUUCUCAAAGACUGGAUCCUCAUAGCCCUCUCCACUGUCAUAUUCCCUGAGUCCACAAUCACUGGUCUCAACAUUAUCGGAUACGCAAUAGCACUCUGUGGGGUUGUAAUGUACAAUUACAUAAAAAUUAAAGAUGUGAAAGCGACACAACCAAUCACUGAUAGCCUCCCAGAUCGAAUCACAAAGGAUUGGAAGGCGAAGAGCUCGUCGGAUGGAGAGAGCCCCAGAGGAAUAGAGCUUAUUGAUGAGGAAGCUCCUUUGAUAACGUCGCGGUUGUCGCAUAUCGGGCGGACUCAGCUUGGAACCCACACUGCCGUCUGAGCAACGUACAGAUGGGAAUGAGGCCAGUAUGUUGUGUCUUUCUUUUUACAUCUCUUUUGGAACCCAAUCUUUUUUUUCUUAAUAGAAUUUAUGUCGGUUAUUAUUACUUAACAAUGUUUAGUUCUUAUAAGAAAAAAGGAAACGCAAUUGCCAAAAUUAUUUGUAGGGUCUCUGAGAGUUAUAAAUGUUUUUCACCAGACACAUUAGCUCGGGACCCGCUUGGUCUUUAUGAUACAGACAGUUCUGACU